UCAACGCCGCCAAGCAGCUCAACAAGACGCGCGAGUGGGUUUGGGGCCAGUUAGCAUCGUUCAUGAUGCAGAUGAGGCCUGACGUGAAGGCGAUGGUCGACGCGAGGAUUCCCCAGAAGCUGAAAGAGGGCCCUUCGGCUGCCAUCCAGAUCCGCGUGGUCAGCGCCGCCACUGGUCAGGACAGAUUGACGGGAUGCGGGUGAACCUCGGGGUGAGGGCGUACCUGGACCACAUCAGGGAGAAGAUGGGGGUCAUCGAGUUCGAAACGGAGGCGGCCAAGCGCGGCUUCUUCCGGAAGAGACAGGCAGCGGACAAAACGGUCAACGGGAUCACGAUGUGGUUCAAGAGCAACCGGACAUUCGAGGAGCGCGAUUUCGACAAGACCUUGGAGAAGGUGAAGUACCACUUGAUUGAAGCCGACGGCAUUGAUAAACGAGAUGUUCGAAUCAAUUGGGGGAAGGGCGAGGUAUCCGUGAAGUCCAAGCGCGUGGCCCAGAUCGUGGCCAAUCUGACGGUGAAGCCUAAUAUGCUGUACGUGAUGUCCGACGACCCGUCGCUCUCGGAGGCGUCCCUGAAUGCGCAAUACGGAAGAUACUCCGAGUACUCGCGGAACACCAGCACGCAGUACCAGUUCCUUCGUUGCGUCCCGCCCUUGAGCGUAACCCCCCCCCCCCAUCGUUGCCCCGAUCCGAUGGUGCGGACCGACACCUGUGUCUCGACGGCAUCGCGCCGCGCCGUGGUGCUCAAGCCGACCCUCGUCGGCCUGAGGAGGAGCCGCGGCUGUCCCGACACCCUCGCGUUCACGGACGAGACGCAGCACCUGUUCCGGGGCGUCUCGGAGGCGGACGGCCUCACUCGCUUCGGCGCGAUCUUCGAGCACGCCCCCUUUGCGCCAGAGGAGAGGUACUACAACUCGUCGCAGUGCGUUCGCCACUUGGACUUUUUCUUUUCCCAUAACUGGGCGAUGCCGCGGUGGACCAAGUUCCUCACCCUCGCCGUCUUCCUCAACAUGAGGGCGGCCGUACUUGUCACCUCUCUCGUUGCUGUCAUCCUUAUGGUAUUUGUGUCCACUGGACAUCUCCCCACGCUUCUUUUGCAGUGGGAGGGCAGAUCACAAGAAAGCAUCUGGUGUCAGGUCUGUGGUAUCCAGACAUUCAUGUGUAUAAUUCUCUUUAGGCAACAUGUGUUGAAGCUAUGCCGACAGAGAGGCAAAUCCAUGUUUAUCGACAAAGCUUGCAUACAUCAAGUGAACGCCGAUCUGAAGGAGCAGGGCAUACUUCAUCUAGCUGCUUUUCUGUACCAUUCAACAGACAUGGUGGUGUGCUUCUCCGACCUGUACUUGCGAAAGCUCUGGACCGUAUACGAGGUGGCAGUUUUCCUCACGCUGAAUCCCGGCAGGCCCCUUCUCGUGAGGCAUGCGCUCCUUUGGAAAACCCUCAUCGUUGGUAUUUCCCUGAACUUCUGCUACAACAUGACGGGAAAUGUGGUGCACAUCGAUGGGGUCUACGUGCACCUUGGCUCCAUGACGUACUACACGUGGCUCUUCUUUGCACUGCUGGUGGCAGAGUGUUUCGUCGAGGAUGAUCGUGCACUUGUUGAGGAAAAUGUCCUCAGGCUGAUGCGACACAGGGGCUUCGUGUAUGAGGCUGCCAGUGAUGCGGAGGUCAUUUCUGAAUUUGAGAGCUUAGUCCGUCGUGAAUUGCCCCUGAAACUAGCUGCCUCGUUCGGCCGCAGUGGGAUCCCUUAUCCUUAUGUCGCGUGCAUGACGCUCCCAUAUCUCCUGCAGAACAUUGACGGCUUGGCAGUCGACAUUUUGCAUCGCGAGGCCGCCCUCUUCAUGCUGCUCAGAUACGUGCACAGGCUCUCCGUGACGACCGCAGUCUUUCCGCUGGCAGCAGCCCUCUUGCUCACAGCCGCCGACCGCCUGAUCCAGAGGUCAUGGGGACCCAAGGCCACUGUGACGGCGCUGGCGCUCUGCAACUUCCUGCUCAUGUCGGGCGUGUGGGCGUGCUGCGAGUCGAUCGCUGCAGCGGCGCGGCGUGGCAGCGCGGUGCCCGACGGGCUGGACCGGUGA